GCUGGUGUGAGGUGACUUGAGGGGAAACUGUUGUUUCCACAAUGCCUCAAUGGUAACCAAGUAACUAUCACUGAACCUAUCAACCUACCUAUAAUUACCUACCAUAAUGGUACUGUGCGACUAGUUCAGCUGUGCUUCAGUAGUGCUUAGAUAUGUUGAAUAGGGAAUAUUGAAGAGCUACAACAUGAAAUCCAACCGGACCCACCCACAGCAGAGACUGUUUGAUGACCGUUCAAUGGGGUCACCUGAUGAAGACUGCUGUGGAGAGUGCUGCAGGCCUAGCUGUCGGUGCUGCAGCAGACGAGCAGUCUGUCUCUCCAGUAUAAUACUAACUGUAGGAACAGUCCUGGCUGUGGUAGGGGUUAUACUCGCUCUGGUCUUUGGGAUCCCCAAAUCACCUCCUGUAAACCGUGUCUGCAGGACAGCGGACAAUGCGACAGGCUUCCUGUGUGACGACAGACUGACCUGUAUCCCGCCCUCUGACCUCUGUAACGGGUUCGUGACCUGCCCCAAAGGAGCCGAUGAGGACACACACAUGUGCAGUGAUCUCCCCAACAACCUUCCAGGUGGUCUUGUGUUUCGAUGUGGAAACCCUCAGUUCUGGGUCUUUACUGACAAGAAGUGUAACAACUUCAAUGACUGUGGGGACUGCUCUGAUGAGAUUGGGCCUUAUUCUGGCUGUGCCCCCUGUGGUGUGAACUGGUGGCCCUGCAUACCAGUGGACUUCCAGUACUGUUCCUGCAUCCCUCGCUGUCUGUGCCGUGAUGGACGCCAUCACUGCUACGACUGGUCUGACGAGUACACCUGCCCCAAAAGUUUAACCUGCUAGACUAAGGUGACCAGAUUUCUGAAAUGAAAACCGGGGUCAUUUCCAGCUCGGCGGUCAAUAUAUCAUUCAAAUAUCCAAUGUUAUUAUCUAUUAUAUAUAAUAUCAAUAUAUCAUUCAAAAUAUCCAAUGUUAUUAUCUAUGAAAAAUAAAAAGGGAACAAUUCCGG